AAUUCCCUGAGCUGGUGUUAGGUGCCACAGGCACUGAGGAUCUCACCAGGAGGGGACGCACGGAGCUAGGGGCCAGCAAGAUGGCGGACGAGGCCUUAGCUGGGCUGGAUGAGGGCGCCCUGCGGAAGCUGUUGGAGGUCACCGUGGAUCUGGCAGAGCGGCGGCGCAUCCGCUCGGCCAUCCGGGAGCUGCAGCGGCAGGAGCUAGAGCGAGAGGAGGAGGCCCUGGCAUCCAAACGCUUCCGUGUCGAGCGGCAGGACAACAAGGAGAACUGGCUGCACUCUCAGCAGCGAGAGGCCGAGCAGCGGGCUGCUCUGGCACAGCUGGCAGGGCGGCUGGAAUCCAUGAACGAUGUGGAGGAGCUGACCGUGCUGCUGCGAGGGGCCGGCGAGUAUGAGGAACGCAAGCUGAUCCGGGCUGCCAUCCGGAGAGUUUCUCUCUCUCCCUUAGCGGCCACCUUGGCUGGGAGGUUGUGCGGUGGGCGUUCCCACAGUGGCUCAAGAGAGGACAGCAAGGGGCAGGCCGCACAGAGGCUGGAGCGGUGUGAGGCGCCAGAGCCAGAGGAACGGGAGCAGCGGGCAGAGGUCCCAGAGCCACCCCCUGAAGUCACCAAUCGGGAUGUGACCACCGUGACGCUCCUGCUGCAGGUGCCCCCUGGGAGCACAUCCAGCUCACCUGCCUCACCUGACAGUUCCCCCCCCACCGCCUCUCCUGAGCCUCCGCCAGAGCCUGGGCCCCGCCCCCCCACGGCCGCCAGCCCACCCACGGCCGCCAGCCCUGAGCCCCAGGAGACUGCAGCCCCCCACAGCACUGAGAGACAGGAGGUCAACGAGCUCCUGCCUGGCCCCACAGAGCCCCCUGCAGCCCAAGGCCCCACCAAAGACCCUUCCAGCACAAAGAGAGCAGCUGGACCCCACCCCAGCCAACGCUCCGUGCUCAGCCCCCGCCAGCCAGCCCAGAACCGAGAGCCCACCCCUCUUGCCAGUGGACCUCCCUCAUUCCAGCGGGCCGGCUCCGUGCGGGACCGCAUGCGCAAGUUCACGUCUGAUUCUCCUAUGGCUCAGGAUGGCCCACCUCGGGCAGCCCUAGGUCCCUCGACCCCCGCAAGGCUCCCGGGCUCCUCCCACGUCAGCACCACCCCUGCCUCCUCCUCCAGCCCCCAGGAGGAGGGCCCCAGAGGGCGGGGCUUGGCUGCCAGGCCCCUUGAAAAUGGAGCAGGGGGGGCCGGGGCCUGCUCAGAGGAGCCCGGUGCCCUGCUGCCCGUGGCUGUCGGCACUGCCGAGCCAGAGGCCAACAUGAAGACGACAUUCACCAUUGAGAUCAAGGAUGGCCGUGGCCGGACCCCCACAGGCCGGGUGCUGCUGCCCACAGGCAGCCAGAGGGCAGAACUGACGCUGGGGCUGCGGGCGCCCCCCACCCUUCUCAGCACCAGCAGUGGGGGCAAGAGUACCAUCACCCACAUCAGCGGCCCUGGGACACCGGCCCGGCUGGGCACUGUCACUCACGUCACCAGCUUCAGCCAUGCCUCUCCCGGUGGGCAAGGAGGCCGCAGCAUGAAGAUGGAACCAAAGCCAGCAGAGCCCCCCUCUGCUGCAGUGGAAGUGGCCAAUGGCACUGAGCAGACCCAGGUGGACAAAACACCAGAGAGGCGGAGCCCACUGAGCACCGAGGAGCUGAUGGCCAUUGAGGAUGAGGACAUCCUGGACAAGAUGCUGGAUCAGACGACGGACUUCCAGGAGCGGAAGCUCAUUCGGGCUGCGCUACGUGAGCUCCGACAAAAGAAGAGAGACCAGAGGGACAAGGAGCGGGAACGGCGACUGCAGGAGGCGCGGGCCAGGCCAGCGGAGGCCCGGGGCAACGUGGCCACCGAGACCACCACGCGGCACAGCCAUCGGGCAGCCGACGGCUCAGCUGUCAGCACUGUCACCAAGACCGAGCGGCUCGUCCACUCCAAUGAUGGCACACGGACAGCCCGCACCACCACGGUGGAGUCGAGUUUCGUGAGGCGCUCGGAGAAUGGUGGUGGCAGCACCGUGGUACAAACCAAGACCUUUUCCUCCUCAUCAUCCAAGAAGAUGGGCAGUAUCUUCGACCGUGAGGACGAGACCAGCCCGCGAACCAGCAGCCUGGCUGCGCUGGAGAAACGCCAGGCGGAGAAGAAGAAAGAGCUGAUGAAGGCGCAGAGCCUCCCCAAGACCUCCGCCUCCCAGGCACGCAAGGCCAUGAUUGAGAAGCUGGAAAAGGAGGGCGCUGCGGGCAGCCCUGGCGGACCCCGUGCCGCGGUACAGCGCUCCACCAGCUUUGGGGUGCCCAACGCCAACAGCAUCAAGCAGAUGUUGCUGGACUGGUGCCGAGCUAAGACGCGUGGCUACGAGCACGUGGACAUCCAGAACUUCUCCUCGAGCUGGAGCGACGGCAUGGCCUUCUGUGCGCUGGUGCACAACUUCUUCCCCGAGGCCUUUGACUACGGGCAGCUCAGCCCGCAGAACCGGCGCCAGAACUUUGAGGUGGCCUUCUCCUCCGCCGAGACCCAUGCGGACUGCCCGCAGCUCCUGGACACAGAGGACAUGGUGCGGCUUCGAGAGCCCGACUGGAAGAUGCUGGUAGACUGCGUGCCCCUGGUGGAGGUGGAAGACAUGAUGAUCAUGGGCAAGAAGCCCGACCCCAAGUGCGUCUUCACCUAUGUCCAGUCGCUCUACAACCACCUGCGGCGCCACGAGCUGCGCCUGCGCGGCAAGAAUGUCUAG